AACUCUGCAAUCACCGAGAAAUAAACAAACCAAAGCCAUGGGGAACUGCAUAGUCCUACAACGGAACGUGGUAAGAGUCAUGAAAAGCGACGGCAAAAUCCUCGAAUACAAAGCACCCAUCAGAGUCCACCAGGUUCUGAACCAGUUUCGGGGCCAUGCAAUAUCCGAGUCACUACCACCAGUGUUACACCAUCUCAACCCCUACACAAGAUUGCUCAAGGGCCAGUUAUACUACCUCGUGCCGCCGCCACAGGCUUCAUCAAAAAAAGUGAACAAAAAGAGGGUGAGGUUUGCUGAACCUGAUGAGGAUGAUCAAGUGGAAGAUAAGGGUUGUGUGGUUAGGAUUAAGCUGGUUCUUAGUAAGCAAGAGCUAAAGGAUAUGGUGCAAAAAGGAGGGAUUUCUGUUAACGAGGUGUUGUCUUUGGUGCAAGGAAAGGGAAUAGUUGGUGGUGUAGAUGCGUGUAGAAGAGAUGACGAGGGUUUUCAUGGGUGGAAACCAGCGUUAGAAACCAUACCAGAAUAAAAAGUAACUAUAUCAUAUGUAUAUAUAUUCGAAGUUUUCAGUA